CCCGCUGUGAAACGCUUAGCACACAAGGUUACGAAACAGACGCCAUCUUGGCUCAACUGUAAGUUGCUAGCGUGGGAAUCUCACGCCACUUCAGCGUAGCUUGAGCCAAAAUGUCACACCCUUGCUGCAGUUCGUAGUAACCUUCUCCAUUAAACCUUUGGGGGAGGGAUAUACGAGAGCUGUCGCGCAAACUACUUCUUCCUUCACUUCUGUGGAACACAGGAAAAUGGCCUAGCUGUUCCUGGACAUUUCCUGCAGAUGUCAAAUACAUUAUCGCUUGCUUUAUAUGACGCGAAGUGUGUUGGAUUGUACCCGUGGAGUUAACGUUAACGUUAAAUGGCUGAAUCGUGCGUGAAGAUGAUGGUAAUGAUGAUGAUGAUGAUGAUGGGGAUUCCACCGGUUUGGCUGUCCAAUGUGUGUGAGACUGGAUGAGACAAAGGCUCUAUCAGGAGCCUUUGUGCAGAUUGACGUGCAAUUACUGAAGAGGACCUCUGGGCAGGUUCACUCAUCACUUGGCAGGGUGGAGCUUUUUGACCCAUGGAGAAUUACUUCCAGGCUGAGGCCUUUAACCUGGACAAGGUGCUGGAUGAGUUUGAACAGAAUGAAGAUGAAACGGACACGCCGACUCUCUCUGAUGCCAAGUGGACUCAGAUUCUGGCUCCGCCAUCACACCUCCUUUCCCUGAAUCCAGCACUGACCCACUCUGACCUCAGCCCAAGGGACAGCCCUAUCGGCUUCAAGCCGCUUCUGGAUGCCCAGAUGUCAGAUGGCCCCUCUUUGGCUGAGGUCACCAGGUUAGAGGGGAAACAGGGCCUGGGGCAACAGCCAGAGGGCAGGAGCGAAGAACGGCCAGCAGAUGUUCAUAGUCCCCCUCUGCCCCAGCCCAACAUUGGCAAGCUGGUGAGCACUGACGGGCAGUUGGCAGACAUGCCGUCCUCCAACAGCGUGGUGCUGGAAAACGGCUUUCCAGCUAGUCCUGAUCAUAGUGGCCGGUCUGACGUCCUUCUGGCCAAUGGUGAUGAGACAAGUCAAGCUGUUACAGAUCAGCAAAGUGUUAAGGAUACUGGUGCCUGUGAGCUUAAGACGGAGCAGAAUGGUACCGAUGAGGGAAGUGGUGCUGGCCUUGAUGAACCUGGGAAUAGGCCACCUGUUUUUAAGAAUGGUGUUAAGAUGGAGGCAAUCAAGCCAGAAGCUGGUUCACCUGUCCUUGAGGUCAGAAUGAGGGACUGUAAUCUGGUAUUUCCAGAAGGAAGUCAUCCCCAGAAAGGGGAAGCAGUAUUGCACAGUUCUGUGAAUGGUGGCGGAGAACUGGAUUUUGAGAGGGAGAAUCACGAGGGUGCUUUUCAGAAUGGUGGACUGGUUGAGAAUGAAAGUACAGGGAAAGAUACUUGGGUGUUAAAUCAGGAAGAGAAAGAGAAAACAAUAGAGAAUUACCACAAAGAGAUUCACAGAGACUCUGAAUCAUCAGGGGCUGAGAAGUCCCUGUCCAAUGGUCUGAAUGCGGACUUUGAUGGAGAUGCACACAGCCAGCCAGCGGUCCCUUCAAAGGAGGACUCUGUGACGGAGGAAAAAGAAAUGGAGGAGAGCAAACAAGAGUGUUGUGAUCAAGUUCGAGGAUUGGAAUCUUGCAGAACAGGCAAACUCAACAACAGCCAGCUGCAGCCUGUCAGCGUUCCCUACGGUGGUGCCCGCCCAAAACAGCCUGUCAGUCUGAAGCUGCAGAUUCCCCAGCCUCUAUCCAGUCAAGUUAAGAAUGAAUUUGGCUCUACUGGCAAGAACAAGAACCUGGAGCCGCAGAGUAUGACAGGAGGCCUUGAGACGUCGAGUGGAGUAACCGAGUCUGGGGUUGUUCGAAUGAAUGGAAAGCAUGGAGAUGGCUCUUCAGGCUUACUCAUCCCAUCUGAGAGUCCAGACAAUGAUCUCCAGGCAGACCAACAGGGAGCCUUCUCUAAGAAACCCUUUAGCUCCUUGGGGGAAGUGGCUCCUGUUUGGGUUCCUGACUCCCAAGCACCCAUUUGCAUGAAGUGCGAGGUCAAGUUCACUUUCACUAAAAGAAGACAUCACUGUCGGGCAUGUGGCAAGGUGUUCUGUGCUGCUUGUUGUAGUCUGAAAAGCAGACUGAUGUACAUGGACAGGAAAGAAGCCAGGGUUUGUGUUACCUGCCACCGUGCAAUCAUGAAUGCUCAAGCAUGGGAGAACAUGGGAGGUGGUGGCAACCAGAGCCCAAAUCCCAACAACCCAGCUGAGUACUGCUCCACAAUUCCUCCUCUGCAGCAAGCCCAGGCAUCAGGAGCACUCAGCACCCCACCACCAACCGUCAUGGUGCCUGUUGGUGUCCUUAAACAACCAGGCUCUGAAGGUUCUCUUCCUCGAGAGCAAAGAAGGGUUUGGUUUGCUGACGGUAUUCUACCCAACGGCGAAGCUACAGACUCUUCUAAAGGACCGCCGGCAAACCCCAACCCCUCACAGCCUGUGGCAGUGCCCCAAUACUCAAACAAAUCCUCAGGAGCCAAUGCUUCUGAGACGGCCCGUGCCACUGGAGCCCCGACCGCCAGCCCUGUGGGCAGCUCUCUCAGUCUGAUCCCAGAGGACGGACUUCCUCCCAUCCUCAUCUCCACAGGCAUUAAAGGAGGUACGGGAGGCCACAUCACAGACUAUGCUGUGGAGGAAAGACCUGCUGAGAGUGUGCUGAUGCAGCAGCUUGAGGAGGGUGGCCCUGAUCCCCUUGUGUUUGUCCUCAAUGCCAACCUAUUGGCCAUGGUCAAACUGGUCAAUUAUGUAAAUAGGAAGUGCUGGUAUAUGACAACAAAGGGUAUGCAUGCCGUGGGCCAGGCAGAGGUUGUAUUGCUUCUGCAGUGCCUCCCUGAUGAGAAAACCAUUCCCAAGGACGUCUUCAGCCACUUCAUCCAGCUGUAUCGGGAGGCUCUCACAGGAAAUGUGUUAAGUCACCUGGGCCACUCCUUCUUCACUCAGAGCUUCCUGGGCAGCAAGGAGCACGGCGGAUUCCUUUACAUCAGCCCCAGCUUCCAGACCCUGAAGGACCUGCCGUUGCCUAACCCGCCCUACCUCUUUGGCAUCCUAGUGCAGAAGUGGGAGACCCCCUGGGCCAAGGUCUUUCCCAUCCGACUCAUGCUCCGACUAGGGGCGGAAUACCGAUUCUACCCCUGCCCACUGUUUAGUGUUCGCUUUAGAAAACCUCUUUUUGGAGAAACUGGUCAUACCAUCAUGAACUUGCUGGCUGACUUCAGAAAUUACCAGUACACAUUGCCGCUGGUCAAGGGGCUAGUGGUGGACAUGGAAGUGAGGAAGACGUGCCUCAAGAUACCGAGCAACCGUUACAAUGAGCUCAUGAAGGCAAUGAAUAAGUCCAACGAGCAUGUGCUGGCGAUGGGCGCAUGCUUCAACGAGCGGGCGGAUUCCCAUCUUGUCUGUGUUCAGAACGAUGAUGGGAACUACCAGACGCAGGCCAUCAGUAUUCAUCACCAGCCUCGCAAAGUUACUGGUGCCUCCUUCUUUGUGUUCAGCGGGGCUUUAAAGGCUUCAUCGGGCUACUUGGCUAAGACCAGCAUUGUGGAAGAUGGCGUGAUGGUGCAGAUAACAGCUGAAACGAUGGAGGCCUUACGGCAAGCCCUGAGAGAGAUGAAAGAUUUCAGUAUUGCCUGUGGGAAAGCUGAUCAAGACGAGAACCAGGAGCACGUCCAUAUCCAGUGGGUUGAUGAUGACCACAACGUCAACAAGGGACUGAUCAGUCCCAUUGAUGGGAAAUCCAUGGAGUCAGUCACCAGCAUUAAGAUCUUCCAUGGCUCAGAGUAUAAAGCCAAUGGGAAAGUCAUCCGUUGGACAGAGGUGUUCUUCCUACGGAGCGAAGACCAGACCAAUGGCCUGAGCGAUCCUGCAGACCACAGCAGACUCACCGAGAACGUGGCAAGGGCUUUCUGCAUGGCCCUGUGCCCUCACCUCAAACUUCUCAAAGAGGAUGGGAUGGCCAAACUGGGCCUGAGGGUUACAUUGGACUCUGAUCAGGUGGGCUACCUAGCAGGCAGUAACGGUCAGCCGCUGCUCCCCCAGUACCUGAGCGAUCUAGACAGCGCCCUCAUCCCAGUGAUCCACAGUGGGGCCUGCCAGCUAAGUGAGGGGCCUGUGGUGAUGGAGCUCAUCUUCUACAUCCUGGAGAUCAUCUCUUAAAAGGAGGGAAUCCGUCCAGUCUCAGACUCAUGCCUCCCACCAGCUCGAGUCCCUCUUCGCUCGCUCACUCACUCAUUUGCACUUCAAAGAGCCUGAAAGCUGUGCAGGAACAAGUCCUCCAUACCACCUAUGCACCAUCUCCACUGGGACGCCCUCUGCCCAGCCCCGCUGAACGUGGUGCUCUCUUUCCUUUCUUCUCACCUCUCAACUCCACUGUGGAAACCAUUGGCCCUGUUGAGUCAAAAGGGGUGGCGACCCUGAAUUCGAUCUCUUCAGAACCGUUGUAGCAACACUAAGCUCCUGAAACACAAGAGGGCGCUUUACACACUCAGCCCUAAUGGAGGCUGUUCAGAUGUUGAUGUUGGCCGAGAGAGGAACUGUAGAGGGAAGGUUUGUUCUAUGAAAUGGUUUCUGGUGCACAGUGCCUGGGCCUCAAUAAGAAACGAAGAAUGAGCUUCGGUUUCGCCUCUAAGCUUUAUGAAUCACCAGAUGCUUUAUUUCAUGAAUAUGGACCUUGUUUUAUGUUUUUUUUUUUGGUAAGAUAAAACUGCUCCAAAGCUAAAACAAUGUAGCUUCCUCAGAGAUGGACUGCUUGGCAUGGUAGCGGAAAGAUUGUGGAACAGUAUUAGGAAUGUUGACGAUUAAGUUACUGUUACAAGUAUCAAGAACGGACCUCUGUCACUGACUUUAUUAUUAUUAUUAUGAGACAAUACGAUCGAACAAUAAUUUCAAGCGGCCUUCAGGAAUUCAACUACAACUUCAAGUUCCACAUAAUGGUAGGUUUUGACAUGACUGAAGGUC